GUCUGUCUGAUCGCCGUAGCCGGUUUUUCUUUUGCCGUGUUAUCGGCAUCGUCAUUCCGCCGUUUCGCUGUUACGCCAUUUCACCGCUUGAUCGUGGUAGCCGUUUCACUGGUCGCUCCGCUACUCAAAGGGACGUUGACGUUUUCGUGUUCUCGCUGGGUCCAAAAGUCGCCGCCGUUUAAAAAUAGCCCUGAGACAAUACAGUCUCUCCUCUCGAACCAGCAAAUAAUCCAUUCAUAUAUGCCAGAUCUUUAAACUACUUGUGUACAAGUACCAGUCUUGAAUGGUGACGACCUUUGAAACGGCGGUGAUUAGUAAUGCAACACAAAAGACUCCGAUCGCCAGAGGACAACUUUCCGGCAAAUGGGGAAGCAUCCUCCUAUCUUUCCAUCAAUCACCGCACAUAUCCACUCUCGCUUCAUCGAGACUCGCACUGCUCGUAGCCUCCGCUUUGAUCGGCCCCUUUGACUCUCCCGUAGCCUACUGUUUCCGACUGAUGCAUUAUUUCCCCCCAUGGGUGCGUUAAUCUAAAGUACAUUUCCGAAACAUUUAUCCGAACAAAUAAAACAACAUCCUGAGCACGCCGAGCAGCAUCCAUGAUUUCCAACAACUAGGACCAUCAGCGACUACCAAAAUCCGGGUAGGACUCUCGCGUGACUGAUUACCACCUCGGCACAGUACGCCAUCCACCAUCCUUAAAUUCAAUGGGUCCAAUUCCUAAUAGUUCUCUGAAACGCGGAUCAUGCCCUCCGUACCGCUGGAGGUACGUAUCUACUGGACGGCCUACUGUCUGUUAUCGGUAUUCUGCAUCAUCCUUCCAACACAGAAACCCACAAAACUGCAUUCUCGGUGACCUGCUGUACCCGGAGAGAUUUAGAAUGAAAGUACCACCUUCAAGCACUGAUUCCAGGUUUAUCAAUAGUUAGUUUGAAUUAACCCCCGUUCUUAGACCUCUAUCCAUAGAUUCUUGCUUCGGUGCGGUGGCCGUGGUGUAUGCUUAAUAAUUCGUCUGGCUAGUGUACUAGAUAUGACCAAGUUACCCCGCAAUCUAUGGCCCCCCCUUUUUUUUUUGCAAGCGUAAUGUUGUUCUCUAGAUUGUCGUUUCUUAAUGUACAUUGUGAGUCUGAUAUACUGUGCGGGUAUUUGGAA